CGUCGGGCGCGUCACGUGACGGGUCGCCGGCGCUGGCGGUUGCUGUCAGCUGAUUCCCCGGGUUGGUGGCUGGGGCAGCCGCGGCGAUGGACUUUCUCCUGGGGAACCCGUUCAGCUCUCCGGUGGGACAGCGCAUCGAGAAGGCUACGGAUGGCUCCCUGCAGAGCGAGGACUGGGCCCUCAACAUGGAGAUCUGUGACAUCAUCAACGAGACCGAGGAAGGUCCCAAAGAUGCCUUCCGAGCAGUGAAGAAGAGGAUUGUAGGGAAUAAGAACUUCCACGAGGUGAUGCUGGCUCUCACGGUCUUAGAAACCUGUGUCAAGAACUGCGGGCACCGCUUCCACGUGCUGGUGGCCAGCCAGGACUUCGUGGAGGGCGUGCUUGUAAGGACGAUCCUGCCCAAGAACAACCCGCCCACCAUCGUGCACGACAAGGUGCUCAACCUCAUCCAGUCCUGGGCUGACGCGUUCCGCAGCUCGCCCGACUUGACAGGUGUGGUCGCCGUCUACGAGGACCUGCGGAGGAAGGGCCUGGAAUUCCCGAUGACCGACCUGGACAUGCUGUCGCCCAUCCACACGCCCCAGAGGACCGUGUUCAGCUCAGAGGCGCCAUCAGGGCAGAAUUCUGUGGGCACGGACACCAGCCACGGAGGAGACUCCACCCAGCACCCCACCCCCCUGUCCGUCCCGGCCACGCUCCCCGGUGACACACCCAUCACACCAACCCCUGAGCAGAUCGGGAAGCUGCGCAGCGAGCUCGAGAUGGUGAGUGGGAACGUGAGGGUGAUGUCGGAGAUGCUGACGGAGCUGGUGCCCACCCAGGCGGAGCCCGCCGACGUGGAGCUGCUUCAGGAGCUCAACAGGACGUGCCGCGCCAUGCAGCAGCGGGUCCUGGAGCUCAUCCCCCGAAUCGCCAAUGAGCAGCUCACGGAGGAGCUGCUCAUCGUCAAUGACAAUCUCAACAAUGUGUUCCUGCGCCACGAGCGGUUUGAACGGUUCCGAACAGGCCAGACCAGCAAGGCCCCACAGGAGGCCGAGGCGGCGGCUGACUUGAUCGACAUGGGCCCUGACCAGGCACCGCCCACCGGCAGCCUCUCGUCCCAGCUGGCAGGAAUGAACCUGGGCUCCAGCAGCGUGAGGGCUGGCCUGCAGUCUCUGGAGGCCUCGGGCCAACUGGAAGGCGAGUUUGACAUGUUUGCGCUGACCCGGGGCAGCUCUCUGGCUGACCAACGAAAAGAGGUGAAAUAUGAAGCCCCCCAAGCAACAGACGGCCUGGCUGGAGCCCUGGACGCCCGGCAGCAGAGCACUGGAGCGAUGGGAGGCAGCGUUGAGAAGAGCCUCAGUGACUGGCUGAUGAGACAAGGCAUGAUCCCCGUCACCCAGGCCUGCCUCAUGGAGGACAUCGAGCAGUGGCUGUCCACAGACGUGGGGAAUGACACCGAGGAGCCCAAGGGCGUCACCAGCGAAGAAUUUGACAAGUUCCUGGAAGAACGGGCCAAAGCAGCCGAUCGGUUGCCCAACCUCCCCAGCCCCUCAGCCAAGGAGCCCCUGGGUCCCCCUCGUGCUGCUGCCCCUCGAAAGAAGACCCAGGAGAAAGAUGAGGACAUGCUGUUUGCAUUAUGAGUGUGGGGCCUGGCGCCUGCACCCUGAGCUCCCGCUGCUCCCCGGUCCCCGAUGGGGGCCUCUUCCCUCCUUUGGUGUGAAAGCUGCUUUGAGGAUGGCUUGUUACCCCCUUCUCUUCGCCUCAGAGACAGGCGGGGCCGGCUGCUGCUGGGCCUCGCUGCCUGGGCUGUGGGGAGACCGCUGGAUGAACUGGGGUGACGGUCAGCUCUGCUUUGGGAUCCCAGCCACUCCCGCCUCCUUUACCCCAAGCAACCACUACUUUGCUGAGAACCGGGAGGCCCGGCGACAGACAGCCUGUCCGCUUAGUGGCCCAGAAGUGACUCCUUGUCCUGGGGGAUCCCCUCCCUGGGCCCUUCCCACACUGCCAGUCGAGGCCUGGCUGGAGGCCGGAGACGGCAGAAGCUUCCGUCCCAGCCUCCGGUCCGUUCCCCGGCACCUGCCCCGGGGGGCCCAAAGGCUCUGGCCAGCUGGUGUGGGCCGGGUACGUGGCCUGCUGCCCAGCCGCACGCUGCCCGGUAUGAAGCUGCACGUGGUGGGGGUGAGGCCUCAGCAGCCCCGGGGCCCCCACCACCUCCACUGCCUUUCCCUGCAUCCUGUUGGUCAGCACCGGGCGCUGGGCCCGCCCACCUGUUGAUUGAUCGUCUUGUACUGGGAGAGGUGCCUUUGUAGCCCCGAUUAAAGGUAGAAAAGCA